UCCGGCGUGGUCUUCAGAGGAAAAUGAUUGGACGCCUGAGCUGCCGACACAAUUUAAAUCCACUAAGACGCGGGCUACACCCACACCUACCUAGGCUUGCUCCGCCCCUCAAGUAUCUUGCCGCCUAAGGGGCGAGGCUCGAGAGUGGGCAGGGCCGCGCACGCGCCGCAUGGUGGGGGGAAAUCCAGAAAGGAAACUCGGAAAUAAGAUGGAGAAGUACGAGCGGAUCCGAGUGGUGGGGAGAGGUGCCUUCGGGAUUGUGCACCUGUGCCUGCGCAAGGCUGACCAAAAGCUGGUGAUCAUCAAGCAGAUCCCAGUAGAACAGAUGACCAAGGAAGAGCGGCAGGCAGCCCAGAAUGAGUGCCAGGUACUCAAGCUGCUCAACCACCCCAAUGUCAUUGAGUACUAUGAGAACUUCCUGGAGGACAAGGCCCUCAUGAUUGCCAUGGAAUAUGCACCAGGUGGCACCCUGGCUGAGUUCAUCCAAAAGCGCUGCAAUUCCCUGCUGGAGGAGGAGACCAUCCUGCACUUCUUCGUGCAGAUCCUGCUUGCACUGCAUCAUGUACACACCCACCUCAUCCUGCACCGGGAUCUCAAGACCCAGAAUAUCCUCCUUGACAAACACCGCAUGGUUGUCAAGAUCGGUGACUUUGGCAUUUCCAAGAUCCUCAGCAGCAAAAGCAAAGCCUACACGGUGGUGGGUACUCCAUGCUACAUCUCCCCUGAGCUGUGUGAGGGCAAGCCCUACAACCAAAAGAGCGACAUCUGGGCCCUGGGUUGUGUCCUCUACGAGCUGGCCAGCCUCAAAAGAGCCUUUGAGGCUGCGAACCUGCCAGCGCUGGUGCUAAAGAUCAUGAGUGGCACCUUUGCGCCCAUCUCUGACCGGUACAGUCCUGAGCUACGUCAGCUUGUCCUGAGUCUACUCAGCCUAGAGCCUGCACAGCGGCCACCACUGUGCCAUAUAAUGGCACAGCCCCUCUGCAUCCGUGCCCUCCUCAACCUCCACACUGAUGUGGGCAGUGUCCGCAUGCGCAGGUCAGAGAAGUCCCUGGCUACUGGACCGUCCAUGUCUCCUGGCAGCACAGGCAGCAGGACCACCAGUGCCCGCUGCAGAGGCGUCCCCCGGGGACCCGUGAGGCCUACCAUAUCACCACCUCUGUCCUCCGUGUAUGCCUGGGGUGGAGGGUUGUGCACCCCCCUCCGGCUGCCUAUGCUCAACACAGAGGUGGUGCAGGUGGCAGCUGGGCGAACGCAGAAGGCGGGUGUCACGCGCUCUGGGCGCCUCAUCCUGUGGGAGGCCCCGCCCCUCGGUGCGGGUGGGGGCCCACUCCUCCCAGGGGCUGUGGAGCUGCCACAACCCCAGUUCGUCUCCCGUUUCCUGGAGGGCCAGUCGGGCGUGACCAUCAAGCACGUGGCUUGCGGGGACCUCUUCACUGCCUGUUUAACCGACCGAGGCAUCAUUAUGACUUUUGGCAGUGGCAGCAAUGGGUGCCUAGGCCACGGCAGCUUCACUGACAUCAGCCAGCCUACCAUUGUGGAGGCCCUUCUGGGCUAUGAGAUGGUACAGGUGGCCUGUGGGGCCUCUCAUGUGCUGGCCCUGUCCACUGAGCGAGAGCUGUUUGCCUGGGGCCGUGGAGAUGGCGGCAGGCUGGGACUAGGCACCACGGAAUCCCACAGCUGCCCUCAGCAAGUGCCCAUGCCCCCAGGACAGGAAGCCCAGCGGGUUGUAUGUGGCAUCGACUCCUCCAUGAUCCUCACUGUACCUGGCCGAGCCCUGGCCUGUGGGAGCAACAGGUUCAAUAAGCUGGGCCUGGACCACCUCUCUCUGGGGGAGGAGCCUGCCCACCACCAGCAAAUGGAAGAGGCCCUGAACUUCACACCACUAAGCUCUGCACCCCUGGACCAGGUGGCCCUGCUAAGCGUGGACCUGGGUACUGCUCAUUCAGCUGUUGUGACUGUCUCUGGUGAUUGCUACACAUUUGGCAGCAAUCAGCAUGGGCAGUUAGGCACCAAUGCUCGCCGGGGCAGCCGGGCACCCUGUCAGGUCCAAGGCCUUGAGGGUAUCAAGAUGGCAAUGGUGGCCUGUGGGGAUGCCUUCACUAUAGCCAUCGGAACAGAAGGUGAAGUGUACUCUUGGGGCAAAGGGGCUCGAGGCCGACUGGGAAGGAGGGAUGAGGAUGCUGGACUCCCCAGGCCAGUACAUCUGGAUGAGACACACCCUUACACAGUGACUUCCGUGUCCUGUUGCCAUGGAAACACUCUGCUGGCUGUUCGCCCGCUCACAGAUGAGCCAGUCCCCCCCUGAGGCAUCUGGAUACACCUCUGGACCACCCUGAUAUUGCUUCUCCUCUGAAUGUUCUGAAAAGUGCAGGUGCCUGAGGCAGCUCCCCGGAUUGUGUCAUCAAUGGGGUAUAAGGGCCAGUGAAACCCCUGCUCAGCUUUUGACUCUGGAUAUGGAAACCUCAACCCACUCUGUUCCACUAACACCCCUUUUCCUUUCCUACUCUUUCCCUUGAGUCGGUGUCCCCAGGGUCCACCUGGCUAGAGUUGGAACCUACACCUAGGUCUUUAGAGCUGAAAGCAGCUGUGGCUCCACCCAGAGACUGCUCUUUCCCCCAGCCCAGUUAGGAAAUAAGUCUGACCACCAUCAGGAGAUGGCUUCCAGCUUUGGAGCAGGGCAAGCCAGGGCCUGCCUGGACUGGCCAUUAAGCCUGCCUAGUUUCUGUACUGCCUGAGGCAGGGAGGUCCCAGGGAGUUCUGCCACAGCCCCACCCCUUUACUCGGAGGCAGAGUGGCACUACAGUUUUUUAGCAUUCCUUCUCCUGAAAGAGUGCAGGGGCCACUGAGUCUCUACAGCAGAGUGGACUCUGGCUGAAAGUUGCCCCUUACCCCAUGCUUUCCCCCAGAAGCAGGUUAGGGGGAAAUGUAUCUGGUUGGACCUGAGCAGUUUCCCAGAGGACUGGAAGUAACGCCAAUAAAAAUAUCAGCUGCCUGCUCGGAGUGCGGACUCUUCAGAGGUGGGGGUGGCGGCUAGGCACCCCAGGACUGGGCUGGGCCCGACCUCUGUUACAAGGCUGAGGCCGAGGGAGGAAUGUGGGUGCAGCUCGAGGCUGGGCCCGAGGUUCCUUUGGCCCAGUGCCCAGCCCAGCCUCCUCGCCCCAGCCAUGCUCCCCGGAUCUGGUUGCCAGGCUUCGGCUGCCUAGCACCUGGAAGCUGGGGCCCCAGUCCCUGGGCGGCAUGUGGCUCCUCAGGCCAAGCUUUUGACUCCCAAGAAACAAACCC